AUGGCAAAUGAGUGUUUGGACCUUUUAUCAUAUCUCUACAUAUUAGCCAACCUCCUGAGCACUUACUUUGCUACUUAUCUUGCUGCAUUUUAUUUCCUGAAGAUUGCCAAUUUCUUUUUUUUCCAUUGGCUAAAAUGGAGGAUUAACAAGAUUUUUCUCAAUCUGGGAGUCACUCUCUUCUUUACAGUAUUCCUAAUUACCUGUGUCCUAUUGAUCGUUUCCCUGUGGAGACACAAAAGUCAUAUGCAACUGAACAAAACCGCAGACCUCAGGACAGAAGCUCAUGUGAAAGCCAUGGGAGUUUUAAUAUCUUUUAUCAUCCUCCUUAUCUUGCAUGUGAUAGGCAUCCUCAUAGAAGCAGUAUGUGGUAGUAAGCCAGAAAACAAACUGCUAUUUACUUUUGAUUUCACAACCACAGCCAUAUAUCCCUGGGGUCACUCCUUUAUCCUAAUUCUAGGAAACAACAAGCUAAAGCAAACUUGCUGGAGGGUACUGCAGCAAUUAAAGUGCUGUGAGAAAGGAAAAAAUCUCAGAGCCUCAGACAGGCUUGCACAGAAACUUCCAUUUUCUACUAUAAAACAAUGUGAUUUUAUUGCACUUAAAAUUAGCACAGAAAAGCAUGAAGGAGAAAUUGAUUAA